UCUCUUCGUCCGAGCCUUCGGCGGCGGAGGACGGUGGAGGUGGUGGCGGUUGCCACCGCAUGCCCUCAUCCACAUUCUCUUAUUAGUAUAGACCGAUGAUCGAUAAUGCCGCCGUACGUAGAUGGUUUGUUUCUCAUCUCUCAGCUACCUUGAUGCACUGUGAUAUCAUAAUCAUCAGAGUCCUCGUCUCCGAUCCGGUGAGGAGGUAAUUAAGAAGGGAGCUCUGAAAUCCAUGGCGUGGGAGAGAGGAAUUUUCAAAGACGUCGGGCCUUUACAUCUUAGCGCUGUUGAUUGGAGCAACUCCAGUCACCGGAGCUCCGUCGCAGCGUGCUUAGUGCAAGGAGCGUACAAUCUCGAAAGAGACCGCCACUGCGGCGGCGGCGCUCCUGAUUCUUCCUGGUGGGAAUUCUUCGGGUUCCAGUUAAGGCAGGUGCUGGUAGAUCAGGAAGAUCAGACAAUCUUCGGCGCUAUAUACGACCUGGAAUUCUCGCCGCACAUUUCUUCCAAGCAGCACCACCUGCCGUCCGGCGGCGGCGGCGGCGGGAGUCCGCCGAAACACGUGAUUGCGUUCCGGGGAACGCUCACUAAGUCGGAUCUCCGACUCGAUGUCCAGUGCAUCGACAACACCCUCCACAACAGCUCCCGCGCCCACGUCGGAUUUCAGGCGGUCCAGGCUGUCGUUUCCAUGGCCGGCGCCAAGGAUGUCUGGUUGGCCGGGCAUUCCUUAGGAUCCGCAAUCGCAUUGCUGGUCGGGAGAAACAUGGUACUGAAAAUGGGUCACCAUUUGGAAACCUAUCUGUUCAAUCCCCCGUUCGUGUCUCUGCCGGUACAUAUAAUCAAGAACGAGAAACUCCGGCAUGGGCUUCGUUUAGCCCACACCGUCGUCAAAGCCGGAAUGGCCGUCGCGAUGAGUACUGUGGUCCACAACAAGAAAAUCGCAGAAGACGAUGAAGCUUUCACCUUGCUGUUCCCAUGGAUUCCGUACUUGUUUAUCAACCCGUCUGAUCCCAUUUGCGCUGAAUACCUGGAUUACUUCAAGGACAGAGAGACGACGGUGGCGGCCGGGGCCGGAGAAAUUGGGCGGUUUGCGGCGAGGAACUCAGUAAGGAGCAUGAUUAUGAGUGCAAGCGGGAAGGAUUCCGAGCCGUCACACCUCAUUCCUUCUGCUUAUCUUACGAUAAACUUGAACCAUUCGCCGGAUUUAGUGGCGGCACACAAGCUCAGCCAGUGGUGGCGGCCAGAUUUGAAGCUUGAUUACAAGCUAUAUCAGUUUAGAUGACAAGUGAUUUUUUAGAGUUUAAACUGGCCAAUGAUACAAGUUUACCAUUUGCAGAAGUAAUAAAGUAAUGGAAAAGUCCAACUUUAUUUCAU